AUGGGUGUUCGUUACAAAACGCGAUCAAAGGUGCUCGUCGAAGGUCGUGGGGACAACGUGUGGCAUAGAUCUAUGCCCUCAAACCUGCAUCUGAGUGUAUUGAGAGCUCCGGCGACCAGUGGUAUUCAUCUUCUCUCGCAAGGCGUCGCUGCCGGUGUUCAGAUUGGGACUAUAAAUCAACACCUUAAAGGCUUGGAGCAGGGCCCUGCAAUUCGUCCGCAGCAUGUAACCAUCUGCCACCAGAACGAACGACCCUAUCAUAUUCCGUUACUUCAGUUGACAAUCGCCGUCAUGACGACCAUAGGUAACGCCGGAGCGGCCUCUUUCUCCUCCAUCUCCCUCCUCAAACCACAACCCCACCACCACGACCGACUUCUCAAAUCAGUCCCAAUUUUUAAAACUCCCAAACAGAAACCAAUCUCUGCCGUCCGUGCCACCGAAAAGCUCCCGGCGAGAUGGAGUCCCGACAGCUGGAAAUCAAAACCAGCCCUCCAAAUCCCAGAUUACCCCGACAAAGAACAACUGGAAUCCGUUCUGAAAACGCUAGAAUCUUACCCUCCAAUUGUGUUCGCCGGCGAGGCUCGGAAACUGGAGGAGCGGUUAGGCGAAGCCGCUCGUGGCGAUGCUUUCUUGCUUCAAGGCGGUGAUUGCGCCGAGAGUUUCAAAGAAUUCAAAACCGAUAACAUCAGAGAUACUUUCCGACUACUCUUACAGAUGGGUGUCGUCCUUAUGUUCGGUGGUCAAAUGCCCGUCAUCAAGGUCGGGAGAAUGGCUGGCCAAUUUGCGAAACCCCGAUCAGAUUCCUUCGAGGAGAAAGAUGGAGUGAAGUUACCAAGUUACAGAGGUGACAACGUAAACGGCGAUUCAUUUGACGAAAAAUCAAGAAUCCCGGAUCCCAACAGAAUGAUUCAGGCUUACACUCAAUCGGUCUCGACGCUUAACAUCUUAAGAGCUUUUGCCACCGGAGGUUAUGCCGCUAUGCAGAGAGUUAACCAAUGGAAUCUUGAUUUCACAGUGCAUAGUGAACAGGGAGAUAGGUAUCGGGAAUUGGCUCACCGAGUUGAUGAAGCGAUGGGAUUCAUGGCUGCUGCUGGACUCACCAUCGAUCACCCAAUCAUGACCACGACACCGUUUUGGACCUCACAUGAGUGUUUGCUUUUGCCAUAUGAACAAGCACUCACGAGGGAGGAUUCUACAUCGGGUCUUUAUUAUGAUUGCUCGGCUCACAUGGUUUGGGUAGGGGAACGCACUCGACAACUUGAUGGUGCUCAUGUUGAGUUUUUACGUGGUGUUGCCAACCCUCUUGGGAUCAAGGUGAGUGAUAAGAUGGAUCCUAGUGAACUGGUGAAGUUGAUUGAGAUCUUGAAUCCUGAUAACAAGGCUGGGAGGAUUACGAUUAUUUCAAGAAUGGGGGCUGAUAACACGAGAGUGAAGCUUCCUCAUCUAAUCAGGGCAGUUCGUGGUGCGGGUCAAAUCGUGACUUGGGUUAGUGACCCGAUGCAUGGUAACACCAUUAAAGCUCCCGUGGGACUCAAGACUCGGUCUUUCGAUGCAAUCAGGGCGGAGGUGACAGCGUUCUUUGAUGUGCAUGAGCAAGAAGGAAGCUACCCGGGUGGUGUGCAUCUAGAAAUGACUGGGCAGAAUGUGACUGAAUGCGUUGGUGGUUCACGAACCAUCACUUACAAUGAUCUGAGCUCACGUUACCACACCCACUGUGACCCACGCCUCAAUGCGUCUCAGUCUCUUGAGCUUGCGUUCAUCAUUGCAGAACGCCUCCGGAAGGGACGCCUCAGACGUGGCAUUACCAGUAGCAGUGGGGCCGGUUUUAUUCUUUAGAAACUUUUUUCUAAUAAUGAGAAAAUGACGUCAAUGUCAUAUAUCAACUCUAAUUAAGGAUCACCAAGACAUCAACCUGGUUCAAAAGAAAAGAAAAACCAUAUUGACAGCUAGUUACUCAAACAGGGAAGUUGGGGAUUAUGUCUUCUUACAUAUGCAAAUAGGAAUAAAGAUUUAUAAACAAUGGCGUGGAAUGGAAGGAAGAGUAACAUAUAUUGAUAGUGUUUGUAAUAGAGUUUAACUCUUCAUUAAAUCUAUAAUUGGUCAUGUCCUCAACAAUAUUGAUGUAAAGAAAAGAUGAUGUGUAUUAGGGGUGUGACUUUCUUUGUUCUUGAAAUAUACCAUUUUUUUUUAUCUUCUUAUUGCUUCUCCUUCCAAACAAGACAAUCAAGUAAUAC